AUGUCUUCGCAUUAUACGACCGAACCUCCUCCAACUGCGUCAGUCCUACUCCAUACCACGGCUGGCCCUCUCACCAUAUCUCUGUUCGCGAAUCAGACACCUUUAACGUGCAGAAACUUCCUGCAACAUGUCCUCGACGAGGACUACAACAACAACAUCUUCCACCGUGUCUCCCCGGGCUUUGUCAUUCAGACAGGCGAUCCCACUGGAACCGGUGAAGGAGGACAGAAUAUAUAUGAGGACAGGGAAUUUGAGCGAUAUGACGAAGACUGGGCGCGGGUGAUGGGACGAGAAGAGGGAGAGAAGGUUGCUUUUGGAGAUGAAAUCCACAGCCGGCUCAGGUUCAACAGGAGAGGGCUGGUUGGUAUGGCCAAAGGCACCGGCGACGGUGCGGGAUAUGGCAGUCAAUUCUUCAUCACGCUCGGGGACUGCAGAGCAGAACUAGACGGCAAGUGCACCAUGUUCGGCCGAGUCGAGGGCGAUGGCAUCUACAAUGUGGUCAAAAUCGCCGAAGGCGAACUGUUGGAGGGAAGCGAGAGACCAAUGUACCCGGAGAAGAUUCUCCGGGUCGAAAUCAUCGAGAUGCCCAAGGGUGACGCAUGGCAGAAAAUGCGGAAAAGGAUUAAAGUUGCCGAACGCACCGUGGAAGCACCCACAAAGAAAAAGGCUCCCAAAAAGAAGGGUGGGAAGACGCUGCUGAGCUUCGCCGGAGAUGAAGGUGAGGACGAUGCAGGCGCAGUCGCCGUACGACCAAAGAAGGCCAAAUUUAAUCCCGCCUUGAUCGAUAGCGAAGACGCCCCUGAAUCGAAGCCCAGGACAAACGGCACUGCGCCUAAACCUUCGUCGAUCGAGAAAUCGCAACAGAGACCACCAUCACCCACGGUUCCUCAAAAGCGCAAGGCGAGUGUCUCAGUGUCGACGAAAUCUCCAUCACCGGUUCACCGCCGGAAGCCAUCAUUCCAUGACCCAUUGGCCCAACUUCCUCUCCGCGACCCAGAAUCACCGUCCCGCUCACCCACCCCGGAAGAGCAACCGUCAGGAUCCAAAACUUCUGCACUAGAAGCGGAGAUAGCUGCCCUGAAAGCAUCCAUGCGCCGGAACAUCGACAACAAUGCCAACGGCUCCAUCGCGAAGAAGUCGGCACUAGAAUCUCUCAUCCCAGCAACAAGUACGAGAGGUCGCAAACGGCCUCGGCCAGGCGAAUCCAAUGCGCGGGACGAGGCCCAGGCGCUGAAGAUGCUGAACGCCUUCAAAGCACGGCUCGACUCGGCAGAUGCGCAGGGCAGAGCUCAGUCUUCGAAAACGGCCAACGGACACAAAGAUCACAACUCCUCAUCGACUCCUUCAGAGCUCGUCGCCGCGCCGCCUCCUCUUCCCAAAACCGACGACGAUGACCAAGAAGAGGCGACUCUGUGCGACCUGCAUUUCAUAGCAAACUGUCAGUCGUGCUCCAAAUGGGACGACCCGACCAACGCCGAGGCCGAAGAGUCCGAGGACGAUUCGCAGUGGAUGAGUCACUCGCUGUCGUUCGCCAAGGACCGCCUUGGGAAGGACCUGAAUUGGAGGAAGAAGAACGAAGAGGAACUGGUGGUGAUUGAUCCGCGGGAGAAGGAGAAGGAGUUGAAGUUAGAGAGGAGGCGGGAGAGAGACAAGGACAGGGAUAGAGACAAGGGGAAAGGGAAGGGCAAGGAGAGGCGCUGGUAG